UAACUGUUGUAGAGAUCAAGUAGCUCUCUCUCUCUACUUCGCACGAUCUAAACUCUUUCUUGAAUUCAUCAUCAUGUCUUCAGCAUUGGAUUCCCUGGUGGACAUGGGUUUCCCAAAGAACAGAGCGUAAGACUAAGACUAUAUCUCUUGCAUGUUACCGAUCUUCUGCAACAGAGAGAAAGCUCUAGCCAAGACAGGGAACCGGGGAGCUGAAGCAGCUAUGGACUGGCUGCUGGCUCAUCAGGACGACCCUGAUAUUGAUGAUCCCUUCACGCCUCCUCAGGGACACACCUUGGGUCAAGCUACAGGAGAGAGCUCCACGGGUGGAGAGAGCACUGCCGAGUCCGAGGAACCUCCCCCAUCCCAGCCACAGUCUCUCAAAUGUGACGACUGUGGGAAGUUUCUAAAAAGUGAACUUGAUGCUCAGGCUCAUGCGUCACGAACAGGACAUGCCAACUUCUCAGAGUCCACUGAGGCCAUCAGACCCCUCACUGAGGAGGAGAAGAAGGCACAGCUCGCCAGGUUAGAAGACAAAAUAAAGCACAAGCGUGCAGAGAGGGAACAAAAAGAGAAAGAGGAGAAGGUAGAAAAAGAGAAGGUCAGAAGAAAGAGUGGGAAGGAGCUAACUGAGAUCAGACAACAAAUGGAGCUGCAGGAAGCAAAGAAAAUCGCCGACAUGAAGAGAAGAGAGAAAAUGGAGGAGAAGUUAGCCAGACAGAAGGUGAAGGAGGAGAUAGCGAAGGACAGAGCAGAGAGGACAGCCAGGGAGAAGAAGGCCAAGGCUGAGGCUGGAGCAACAGCUGCAGCCUCCCAGCCACUCACCACAGCUCCUCAGGCCAAGAAGGAGUAUGACAGUUGCAGACUACAGAUUCGGUUGAUGGGUGGGGGUGCGAUGACUCACACCUUCAGGCCAUCAGACACACUGGUGGAUGUGAACCAGCACAUCCUCCUGAACCAGGACGGACCCAACCAACCCUUCCUCCUCAUGACCAACUUCCCCAAGAAGAUCUUCUCACCUGCCGACAUGAGGAAGACCCUGAAAGAAUUAGGUUUGGUUCCUUCGGCUGUUCUGAUUCAAACAAAACCAUAGUUAUAAAAAUCUAUCACCUGUAUAACAGACUGAUUGACUCUCUUAUUAUAUAUAUAUAGCACGAAAUGUAAAACAGAAUCUAUUGUCCACACACAUAAGAAAAAGUGAUCAGUGCUUUUGGCUAAAUUUCUCUAAACUCUUGGACGCGUCUUUUAACUUUGACACCAAGUCCUAUGUGAAUCAGACAGAGGAGAGAACAACAUCAAUCAAGUUUGUGGGCACUGGUUUGUGUAUGUGUACUACCUGCAGUUCCUCUUGUGUGCAG